AUGAUUUACCUUUUUCAUCACGAGUCGAAUAAUGAACUGAAUUUUCAUUUGAAUAUUACAAUAUUGCAUUAUUCCGGUUCGUACGUAUAAAAGGAAUAAUUGACUAAUGAUUUCAUUAAUCGAGUCUAGAGGUCAACGCUUGAGCUUGUUUGACUGUAAUAUUAUGCGAGAAACGUGAAUGCAUGACAUGACGUGAGGAUUAUUUUUAAUUUUGGGGUUUCCCCAUUAUGCGAGAAACGUGAUUGCAUGGCAUGACGUGGGGAAUUUUUUAAUUUUUUUAAUAUCCUGCGAGACGCUGAGAGCUAAAUGUCAGAAGGUUAUGUUCGAUUUGAAAACCAUACUGAAGACUAACUUACUUUUUAAAUAUUUUAUUUUCGAUAUUCUUUGAAAGACAGGGAGUUUUCUCGGACCUUGAUCUGGUGUGAUGUAGAAUGAUCGAAUGUAGAGUAUACAGAGUGCAUGUUUAUGGGUCAAAAUACUCAAGUCCGGCCGUGGUUUUCUAGGAAAAACAAAUGGAAACUUUUAGAAGAAAAAAGAAAAGCAACAAAAAGCAGGUUUUGUACAAGAGAAAAUUCUAGUAAGAAGAUACAUGGAAUCGAUGGAAGAAAUCGGAGUAAGCACUGAUGCAGAUGCCAAAAAUAGCGCUGACGUUCAUGACGUCAUGUCAGUCGUCUGUCACGCUGUCGCUCAUGAUAUAUAUAUGAGCUGUUUCAAUAGUUAUAGCUCAAUCGUACAGUUCGAAUUCAGCGAAGUAAUUCAUACUAAAUUUAUUCGACCAAAGAUUUUAUUUCUUUUUAUUCCAUACUUUUUACUGACAUCUAAUGACAAUGGUGGCUGCGCUUGAUUCUCGUAAACUCUAUUUUCCCAAGUCCAUCAGUUCUAGCUUAAAAUGUGAGCUGUGUAAGAAUCUUUUAAGAAAACCCAAGCAAUCUACCUGUGGACACAGGUUCUGCCAGAACUGCUAUGAACGACGGGUAAAGGAUUCAUCAGGAGCUGUAAAUUGUCCAGUCGAUGGGAAUGAACUAACAUCUGAAAAUCUAUUCCCCGAUCGAUGUUGUGAGAGAGAUAUUCAGAACCUAGAUUGUUACUGCUAUAACAAUGAAAAAGGCUGCGGAUGGCUUGGUCAACUACGCGAUUUAGAGAAGCAUGAGGAGAAGUGCGAAUAUUCACUCGAGGAAUGUUCCAAUCCUGGCUGUAAUGAAAAAAUAGAAAGAAGACAUCUGGAUGAUCACGUGAAAAAGACGUGCGACUUUAGACUGAUCACGUGCGAGAACUGUGGUGCAAACGUGAUUCAUAGCAAUGAAAAGCUGCACAAUGAAAAAUGUCCAAAGGUUGAGGUCCAGUGUACCAGUGGAUGUGGAGCAAUGAUAGCACGAGGAGAACUUGAGGAACACGUGACAAAACAAUGUGUCAAUGCACCGGUCGCCUGCGCAUUUGAACAAGGUGGCUGUCAUUUUAAAGGAUCGCGAGGAGAUGUCGAAGAGCACGAGUCUACAGCAAUAAUACAACACAUUCAAAUACUAGGCGACCAGCACAAGGAAUCUUCUGAAAAUAUGCAGCAAUUGAAUGAUAAAAUCAAGAAAAUAGAGUCUAAGAAAGAAUAUCUUGAAUCACAAAUGAUAGAAAGCAGAGAAGUCUUAGCAUAUACCAAACAAGACCUGCAGACCCAGGGGACAAAGAUGGGGAUCCUAGAAAAGAAUAUCACAAAACAAAAAGAAGAACUGGUAAAAUUAAAAGAAAUCCUAGAUAAUAUUCAACAUGAAAGAGGCUCGGAUACCGUAAUAGAGUCUCAAAUUGGGGAGAUUAUCUCGCUCUUAGAGAGUCAA